CUCUCCUGGUUGUCAUAGUGAGGCGGUACACACUGAGACUCCGGGGUCCCAAGGCCUGGAAACUGUAAGCAGGCAGGCGCCAUGCAGUACACGGGGAGCGAAUAUAUUGGAGAAUUUGUAGAUGGGAGGAUGGAGGGCGAUGCCGAAUACAUCCUCCCUACUGAAACAAGAUACGUUGGGGAAAUGAAGGACGGCAUGUUUCACGGCCAAGGAACCCUGUACUUCCCCAAUGGGAGCCGAUACGAUGCCAUUUGGGAAAAGGGAUUGGCUGUUAAGGGCACGUACACCUUCUCCGACGGACUGCAGUAUGACGCAAAGAACUGGCAUUACUGUGACGGCUACGACCGGAGGUUUUACACCGAGAUCUGCCACGGCUUGAAGCCUACAGGUAUCUCUCAACUCUCCAAUAUGGACCCGCCUAGAAAAAUCCCUGCAGGCUAUUAUGACUGUGGAGAUGGCUUCUACAACCCGAAAACAAGGGUCGUCAGGGACUAUAAGAAUCACUUUCUGCGAAAUGCCGAUGAUGAUGAGCAUGAGUGGAUUAUCCGGACGUGUCGGAAGGGCUGGGACGAGUUUGUGGGUCACAGGCCCACGCUGUGAGCUCUGCAGCCACCUCGGCCAGAGGCUUCCCUCUGCUCUACUGGCUUCGGUUGGCCCUGGUGGCAGGCUGUAGUUAAGAACCUGAACUUGACUCGGGAAUAAAGGCUUUCUGCAGUUAAUGGC